GGUUCUUGCGAGAAGAAUGAGCAAUGGCCGCUGCCAAUGCUGCCGCCGCCGCCGCCGCAUUCUCUACACCGCGCCACCGGCGACGCGAGCGCUCAGGUGGGUUCCCAGAACCGCAGCUCAGCUCUACUUUCCUCCCCUCGCGCUUCCAUUUCCAGCGUGAAAACACACACGAGCAGCAGCAAUGCGGCGGCGAUGGCCAACGUCGAAAGCCGCCGCUCGUCCGCGCGGAGGUCUCGACGGUGGUGCGCAAGCCCCGCAGCGGCGUCUUCAAGAAGCCCACCAUGAUCGUGGACGCCAUCACGGUGGAGAAGGGCAAGUACGGCUACGAGAUCGAGUCGUGCAUCAACUCGCUGAGCCAGCUCCCGCCGCGCGGAAGCGUGACGCGCUGCAUGGACCUCUACCGCAGCAAGCUCACGAUGCAGGACUUCUCGCUCAUCUUCCGCGAGUUCGCGGCGCGCAGCGACUGGCACCGAGCGCUCCGGCUCUUCAAGUACAUGCAGCGCCAGCAGUGGUGCAAGCCCACCGAGCACAUCUACACCAUCAUGAUCGGGAUCAUGGGCCGCGAGGGGCUGCUCGAGAAGUGCUCGGAGAUCUUCGAGGACAUGCCGGAGAACGACGUCAAGUGGAACGUCUACGCUUUCACGGCCUUGAUCAAUGCUUACGGACGAAACGGGCAGUAUGAAGCAUCGCUCCAUCUCCUGGCCAGGAUGAAGAAGGAGCAAGUGGAGCCGAAUCUCAUCACUUACAACACGGUUCUAAACGCUUGCUCGAAAGGUGGCCUCGACUGGGAGGGACUGCUCAAUCUCUUCGCGCAGAUGCGGCACGAAGGCAUCCAGCCGGAUCUUAUCACGUACAACACGCUCCUCUCGGCGUGUUCUUCGCGGGGUCUCGUGGAGCAAGCCGCGAUGGUGUUCAAGACGAUGAACGAGUCCGGAGUGGUGGCCGACGCCGUGACUUACAAGUCCCUCGUCGACACCUUUGCGGGAUCCAACCAGCUGGGCCGAGUCGAGGAGCUCCUCCGGGAGAUGGAGGACGAAGGCAAUCCUCCCGACAUCGCUGGAUACAACUCUUUGAUCGAAGCUUACGCCGACGCCGGGAACGUCCACGGCGCCGCUGGAGUGUUCAAGCAGAUGCAGCGAGGCGGCUGCGCUCCCGACGUCGAGACUUACUCCACGCUCCUCCGGAUCUACGGUAACCAGGGAUGCUUCGAGCAAGUUCGCUCGCUCUUCUCGGACAUGAAAGAUCUCUCGACGCCACCCACGGUGGCGACUUACAACUCGCUCAUACAAGUGUUUGGCGAGGGUGGUUACUUCCAGGAGUCGAUCAAUCUCUUCCACGACAUGGUGGACAGUGGAGUGAAGCCGGACGAUGCUACGUACUCGGCAUUGCUCUCGGUUUGUGGGAGGGGAGGACUUACGAGAGAGGCCGCGAAGAUCCAUCAACACAUGCUCACGAACGAGUCCACACCGAGCUUGGAGGCCUCGGCCGGGCUGAUAAGCUCGUAUGGAAAGAUGGCCAUGUACAAGGACGCGCUGGUUUCGUAUUAUAGGAUCCGGGAGGCCGGGCUGGAUCCACAGGUCUCGGCUUACGACGCUCUCAUCCAAGGCUACGCGAAAGGUGGUCUUUACGUGGAAGCGGGGUCUACGCUCUACGCGAUGAACAAGGCCGGGUUCCAAGCUCCGGUGUCCAGCGUGAACUCGGUUAUGGAGGCUUACAGCAAGGUCGGGCUCCACGACGAGGCUCUGGAGUUUUUCUCCGAGUUGCAGCAAAAGGAGGGGAGUGAAGUGGACGAGAGGACGCACGAGACGCUGCUGGGGGUUUACUGCGAUAUGGGAUUGCUCGAGGAGGCCAAGGAGGAGUUUGUCAUCAUCAAGGAGACGAGCAAAGUUCCCGGCGCUCGGGUCUACUGCUUGCUGCUCUCGCUGUGUGUGAGGCGAAGCAAAUGGGACUACGCAACUCAGCUCCUAGACGAGAUGAUCGCGGCCGGGGGCCUCCACCAAGUAGUCGUGGGGAUUGUGCGUGGCACUUACGAUGCCGACUUUAGCUGGCAAGUCGUGGAGUACGCUUUCGACGGCCUCAAGCUCCGGGACAUGGAAGAAAGCAUGGACUUCUACAACGCACUCGUCGAGCUCCUCGUCUACUGCAACCAAAAGGCUCGGGCCGCCCGAGUUCUCGCCGAUGCAAUGCAGCGAGGAGCCUUCCCCGAGGCGUUCAUCAAAACUCGUCGCGUUUGGUCCGUGAACGUCCACAGGAUGUCCGCCGGUGCCACCGUCACUGCGCUGUCGACGUGGUUUAACGACUUGCAAGAAUGCGAGAAGUUGCCUUUCAUGACUUCCAUCGUUGUCUCGUGUGGUGAUAUCGAAGAUCACAGGAAAGUGGAGGACUUACCAGUAGCGAAAGUGGUGCAAGCGUUCCUCAAACACUACGCGGCGCCACUCGAGACGGCGUCCUGGAACGAAGGAAGGAUAGUUUGCAAAGGCGAGGCGUUAAAGCCGUGGCUCUCGAGCAUGCCUUCCUUCAGCGAGACUUACGUGAGAAACGAGCCUCUUCCGGCUCAACUAACAAAGCAGCUAGCGCAGUCCAAAGUUCCUUCUCUCAAAUAGCUCUUUUGUGUACAGCGAAAGGAAGAAAGCGGCCAUAUACAAAACAAAAGAAUAGAGAGACUCCUUCGAUUUAAACCAAGUGUGUAUGACAAACUUCUUUCUUUCUUUCUUC